UCCCAAUUAGAUUGCAUAAAUGGGGUUCCACUGUAAUAUGUUUGGCCUUUAGCUGAACAGGUUCAUAGAUACUAAGGUCAGAAGGGACCAUUAUGAUCAUCUCGUCUGACCUCCUGCACAACGCAGGCCACAGAAUCUCACCGACCCACUCCUGCAAAAAACCUCUCACCUAAGUCUGAGCUAUUGAAGUCCUCAAAUUGUGGUUUAAAGACUUCAAGGAGCAGAGCAUCCUCCAGCAAGUGACCCGUGCCCCAUGCUACAGAGGAAGGCGAAAAACCUCCAGGGCCUCUUCCAAUCUGCCCUGGAGGAAAAUUCCUUCCUGAUCCCAAAUAUGGCGAUCAGCUAAACCUUGAGCAUAUGGGCAAGAUUCCCCAGCCAGAUACUACAGAAAAUUCUUUCCUGGGUAACUCAGAUCCCACCCCAUCUGAUAUCCCAUCACAGGCUAUUAGGCCUAUUUACCAUUAAUAUUUAAAGAUCAAUUAAUUACCAAAAUCAUGUUAUCCCAUCAUACCAUCUCCUCCAUAAACUUAUUGAGUUUAAUCUUAAAGCCAGAUAGAUCUUUUGCACCCCUGCUUCCCUAUUUGGCUAUUUUGGACAGCUCUGGCCUACGGUGACUGACAGCUACACGGUAUAAAUUUCAGAGUAGCAGCCGUGUUAGUCUGUAUCCACAAAAAGAAAAGGAGUACUUGUGGCACCUUAGAGACCAACAAAUUUAUUUGAGCAUAAGCUUUCGUGAGCUAGAGCUCACUUCAUCAGAUGCAUUCAGUGGAAAUGAAUGCAUCCGAUGAAGUGAGCUGUAGCUCACGAAAGCUUAUGCUCAAAUAAAUUUGUUAGUCUCUAAGGUGCCACAAGUACUCCUUUUCUUUUUAUGGUAUAACACUGAUUGAUAAAUUGAGUCAAAAUUCCUGAUUUAGCAUUUUCAAUAAAUGUGGUGUGGAAAGUGCACUAGUUAUCAAGGCACCACAGUUGACCAUGGCCACAUAAGAGGAGAGAUAAGAAAUACGCUGUACUUGCUUCUAUAGCCUGAAUUAUAUCCUCUUAAAAAUCAGUAAAUCACUCACAUCAUCAGUUACUUCUGUGGGGCUUUAUGCAGGGUCCAUGUGUGGAGAAUGAGACUACCUGCAGGCACAGGGUCCACCUAGACAGGGCUUCUUGCAGAAUUGGGACUUGUUUUCUUUAUUUUAUAGUGACAUUGGAGCUUUGUCUCAUCUUAAAUCCUAGUCUAUCUUGUUAAAAAUGCAUAACUUUAAUAAAAAGUCAUCAAUAGUCAAAACAUAAUUUUUUUUCCCUACAUGUGCUGUUAGUUUACUUUUGAACUUUAAAUUGGACAUGGAGAAGAAACUGGUCAAUUUUGUUUUCAGAUGUCCAUGUUUCAAAAACUGCAGGAAAUGUUUAAAUCAACCCAAAAAAUUGAAGAGGAAAUCAGUAAGGUUAUGUUUAAUACCAAACUUAAAUACCUGUGUAUCUUAGGAUGCCUUUCAUUUUGCCCCUUUUUAAAGCAAAUGACACACCUGUAUGUGUUGCCAACAGGUGUAAUUUAAUUACUGGUUUUAUGAUAGUCAGUGUUUACUUAAGGUUCAGCUUCCUGGAGACUGAGGAGAGAACCUCAGCUUUAAUUGUUUUUUGUAAAGUAACUUUCUAGCCUUCAUGGUUUCAAAGCAAAGUUUGAAGACGUGGCUGAGUGCACCCAGAAGGCUCCAAAACCUGAACACAAAUAAGCAAAACCUCAAUUUAUUUUUAAGACAUUCACGAAUUUCCAAUUCAUAGGGUGAGGACCAGACUGACUCAGUUCUGACAGUCUGAGGUUGGCAGCAGUACUGCUCACAGGCUUGGAUGGCCACAGCUCGUGGGUGCGGUUGCCCAUAGCAUGUGCUCACUAAAGUGCCAAGGGCACGUUGGGUCAGGGAGUGGCCCUUUUCAUACCUUGCACAGUGUGGAGCACCCUACUGGCUCUAGGUAACACAGUGCGGAUUGCAUGGAUAGUGCUCAGCGGCCCGUUUUGGCUUGCACAAGGCAAGCAGGGCAGGCCCACCUCAUGUUGAAAGUGCGGGCCUACGCGUGCAGCAGGCGGAGACCCAAGCAGAGGUGCUGGAAGGAACUAGGGGCGCCCCCCGGCUUGACGUGGUUUCCACCAUACACAGGGUUUACAGCUGGGUUCAGUGGCGCUCAGCACCCCCACUCCACACAUUGUUCCAGCGCCCCCGGACACAAGAGGCUCCUGGCCCUGCCGGAGCGGGAGGGGAUUUCAGCAGAGGGGAUUUUACCAGCCCUUCUGAAACCCACCCCCGGGGGGGGCGGUGCGCGCGCCGGGCUGGCGGCGCUGCGGCAGAGGACGCCCGGGCAGCAGCAGGCCUGCAGGGGGCCGAGCCGCCGCCGCCGCUGCUGCUGCUGCUGCUGCUGCGGCGGGAGGAGGGGCCGGGCUGCCUUCUGCCGUCACAACCGGGAGCUGCGGAGCGCGUCGACGCCUCCGGCCGCUGGAGCCGCGGGCGGCGGAGCGGGGCGCUGCUGCUGCGAGCCCUGUUGGGCGGGAGCGGCGGAGGUUUUAUUUAAAAAAGAAAAUUGAGUCUGGAUGCCUGUGCUGGAUUUUAGCAGCUGAAGAUGGAGUAAGAUGUGACCUUAAAUCUGAUUUUAAGAAAUGCAAAACCACACUGUCUCACAGGAGGAAAACAGCCCUCAUUAUGCUUAGCACGGUGAUAUUGGAGGAUUAGCGACUGGCGACAAUCUGCUCCACUCUCAUACUUCGGCAAGACAAAUCACUAACGUCUAGCAGCAAGAAGAGACGUGUUCUUCAUGACAAAAUGACAGCAAGAGAACACAGCCCCCGCCAUGGUGCAAAAUCCCGCACUGUGCAACGGGCCUCCACUAUUGACAUUGCCUCUGACAUGCUAGGUCUGUCUCUGGCAGGAAACAUCCAGGAUCCAGAUGAGCCAAUUUUAGAGUUCAGCUUAGUUUGCAGUGAGUUGCUCACACCAUCGCUAGAUCGAAAACCAAAUACUUUUGUCGCAGUGAGUGUCACUACACCUCCUCAGGCAUUCUGGACAAAGCAUGCACAGACAGAGAUUAUUGAGGGAACAAAUAAUCCUAUCUUUCUAAGCAGUAUUGCUUUUUUUCAAGACUCUCUUAUCAAUCAAAUGACGCAAAUCAAACUUUCUGUGUACGACGUCAAAGAUAGAUCUCAGGGAACAAUGUAUUUAUUGGGUUCUGGAAUGUUCACUGUAAAGGAAUUACUUCAGGAGAAGAACCAUAGAUUGCAUUUAACACUAAGGUCUGCUGAAAGUGAUCGUGUAGGUAACAUCACAGUUAUAGGAUGGCAAAUGGAAGAAAAAACGGACCAAAAGCCUCCUGUAACAAGGUCUCCUGACACCAUUAAUGGGAGGACUGUACUGCCAGUUGAUGAAAGUUUAACAGAAUCUUUAGGAAUCAGAUCUAAAUAUGCUUCAUUACGGAAAGAUGUGUUACUAAAAUCCGUAUUUGGUGGUGCCAUUUGUCGGAUGUAUCGUUUCCCCACAACUGAUGGGAACCACCUGAGAAUCUUAGAGCAGAUGGCUGAGAGUGUACUGUCACUGCACGUCCCCAGACAGUUUGUGAAGCUUCUGCUUGAAGAAGAUGCAGCCAGGGUUUGUGAACUAGAAGAGCUGGGAGAGCUGUCUCCCUGUUGGGAGAGCCUUCGUCGACAAAUAGUUACUCAGUACCAAACAAUUAUACUGACUUAUCAAGAAAACCUAACUGACUUGCAUCAAUACAAAGGCCCUUCGUUUAAAGCAAGUAGCUUGAAAGCUGAUAAAAAAUUGGAAUUCGUGCCCACAAAUUUACACAUACAGAGAAUGAGAGUCCAGGAUGAUGGAGGAUCAGAUCAGAAUUAUGACAUAGUAACCAUAGGAGCACCAGCAGCUCACUGUCAAGGCUUUAAAUCAGGGGGUCUACGGAAAAAGCUGCAUAAAUUUGAAGAGGCAAAGAAACACACUUCAACAAGCUCCCAGUCUAUAAUAUACAUACCACAGGACAUUAUUAGAGCAAAGGAGAUUAUUGCACAAAUCAACACCCUGAAAACUCAAGUCAGUUACUAUGCCGAAAGGCUCUCGAGAGCUGCCAAGGAUAGAUCAGCUAAUGGCCUUGAAAGAUCACUUGCCAUUUUGGCAGAUAAGACGCGGCAGCUUGUCACUGUCUGUGAUUGCAAGUUAUUGGCAAAUUCAAUCCAUGGAUUAAAUGCUGCAAGGCCAGAUUAUAUAGCCUCAAAGGCAUCUCCAACCUCUGGAGAGGGGGAACAAGUGAUGCUAAGGAAUGAUCAAGACACCCUUGUGGCAAGAUGGACAGGAAGAAAUAGCCGAUCUUCUCUGCAGGUGGAUUGGCAUGAAGAGGAAUGGGAAAAAGUUUGGUUGAAUGUUGACAAAAGUCUGGAGUGCAUUAUUCAGAGAGUGGACAAACUUCUCCAGAAAGAGCGUUUGCACAGUGAUAGCUGUGAAGAUGUUUUCCAGUGUGACAUCAGCUGUACUAGUAAGAAAGGUAAUCGGGAUACUCGUGCCUACUGGAUAAAUCCAAAAGGCUUAGAUGAGACCUCAUCCUCACCUUCAUCAUCCUCACCACCAUCUUCAACCAUAUCAUCCUCUGCAUGCCAUUCUCACAGAAACACAAAUUGCAGCCCCCCUCCUGAAGAGUCCAGCCCAGGUGAAUGGAGUGAAGCUCUUUAUCCCUUGCUGACAACGCUCACGGACUGUGUAGCCAUGAUGAGUGACAAGGCAAAGAAAGCUAUGGUCUUUUUGUUAAUGCAAGAUAGCGCUCCUACAAUAGCUCUGUGCCUGAGCCUUCAAUAUCGCAGGGAUGUUGUCUUCUGCCAAACUCUGACAGCUCUUAUUUGCGGUUUCAUUAUCAAGCUGAGGAACUGCCUGCAUGAUGAUGGAUUCCUAAGGCAGCUCUAUACCAUUGGUCUGCUGGCGCAGUUUGAAAGCCUUUUGAGCACAUAUGGUGAAGAGCUGGCAAUGCUGGAGGACAUGAAUUUGGGAAUAAUGGAUUUGAGAAAUGUAACCUUUAAAGUAACUCAGGCCACAUCAAAUGCAUCUGCUGACAUGCUGCCAGUCAUUACAGGAAAUCGUGAUGGAUUUAAUGUGAGGAUUCCUUUGCCAAGCGCCUUGUUUGAUUCGUUGCCCCGGGAAAUUCAGAGCGGCAUGUUACUGAGAGUUCAGCCUGUUCUUUUCAACGUGGGAAUUAAUGAGCAGCAAACCCUAGCAGAGAAGUUUGGAGACACGUCAUUACAAGAAAUAAUUAACAUGGAGAGUUUAGUUCGGUUGAAUUCCUAUUUUGAGCAGUUCAAGGAAGUUUUGCCUGAUGAUUGCCUACCUCGAUCUCGUAGUCAGACGUGCCUGCCUGAACUGUUAAGGUUUUUGGGACAGAAUGUACAUGCAAGAAAAAAUAAGAAUGUUGAUAUUCUUUGGCAAGCUGCUGAGAUAUGCCGGAGACUAAAUGGUGUUCGAUUUACAAGUUGUAAAAGUGCCAAGGACAGGACAGCCAUGUCAGUGACUCUAGAGCAGUGUUUGAUCCUGCAGCAUGAACAUGGAAUGGCUCCUCAGGUCUUCACCCAGGCACUGGAGUGCAUGAGGAGCAUUGGAACACGGGAGGUAGUCACCCAGAAGAACUUGAGUGGCUUGGUGCCCAUCCGAGAUUUCGGGCUAGACCCCAGCCUCCUCUACUCUUUUCCUUUACUAGCUCUGAGCCCCAAUUUACUGAUUGUGUGGCUGUUUCUGAGUGUAGCAUACCUGGUGGCCCGAUUACGUUGCAAAUGAAGACAAGCUUAAAAAAACAAAAAUAGAUAAAAGUGCUUAAAUAUGUAUUGCCACCUGAUACCUGCUGGACAAAGGAAUGUGUCAUAGCAAUGUCUGCCAAGAAUUAUUAUUAUGCCUUACAAUUUUACGUUUAUAUUGUACUAAAGUGUAAAUAUACAUCAAAUUAUUUUAUCAAGAGGAAUUGUAUUCAAAGUUUAAACCAUUGUUAUGCUUUCAGUGCUUGUAACAUAGUCUGAAGUUGGCUGUUACCUCGUUACUUUAGCUGGCCUGAAGAUCAGUUUCUCUUACCAAAUAUUUCUCCUACCUUCAGAUCUAAGAGUCUCUCUCAUAUAUACAGUUUUGUGUUACUUGUUUCAUGUAUUCCAGAGAAAGGAACUCUGUCUGAAAAGAAUUUGUAUCUUUUUGUAUAAUCUUUAAGUGUAUGCUAACCUUGCCUUUCAUUUUUAUGAGGUAUGAAGAGAAAAAUUUAAAAUAAAUAGGUGGGGUUUAUAACAGAUGUACCUAGAUAAACAAAUCUGACACCUUUCUACUUCCAUUUCAAAGCAUAAUCGCUAAAUUACAGUAGUAAACAGUUUGCAGAACCCAUAGUCUUGUUCCUUUCUCAUGUUUAAAUCUAUUUCAGUAGCAUAUACUGUACCCACUAAAAAAAAAACCCUUGAAUUGCAGUGUACUGCAUGCAAUAUUAUUCCAUUAUGUUUACAGGUAUACAUUUUUGUAACCUAUUUAAGUGAAUGACUCUCAGAAAAGGAGUAUGUAGUAAAAAUAGACUGAUAGUGAUCAAUUGUCCAUUUAUGCUUCCUUGGGGAAAGAUGCUCCAUUUUUAAAUUAUAAAAAAAGAGAAUACUGAAUCAGAAUAAUAACUUAUAAGUUAAUUAUGUUGACAUUUAAUAUACCAGGCAAGAAAAGAGGUAUAUCAGUUAGCUCCCUUAGCAUGGUUACACUGAACUACAAAGCCAAAGCAUUUGGGUUUUGUGCAGUGACAAUAGACAAAGUAUUACUGUUAUUUCUAUUCUUAAAUAUUUGCUAGGUGCACAGAUAUUAUGGUUAUGGGAGCCACAUAAGGACCUAGGUAGGUAAAUAGAUGACAGUAAAUUAAUAUGUAAUUUCUAUCAUUAUUAUUAUAAUUCAUUCAAAUAGGCACAUAGCAGCAUUCAGAAAGCCUAGAUAGCUGUAACUUUGAUACAUUCAUUAUAAUGUUUUAGAAGCAUUUCUGACCAGUAAUAAUGCAAGAUGAAAAAGCAGCUAUGUAAUUUUGAGGUUAGAAUAGACUCUUAAAUUCAGGAAAUGUUUAAUUUCCAGUUAUAACAAAAUCAGAAAGUACAUGGCUAUAUUUUCUUUGUCCUCACCAAAUCAAAUCAUAUAGUACAAUGUCUCCUGGUUUCCAUCCCCUCCCUCACCCCAGAUACCCUCUUAUGUUUUUUUUAAAAAAAGGUGAAUCUAUUUAUUUAAAUUUAUAUUUCGUUUUUAUAAAAACAUACUGGAGUGAGUCUGGGAAAGCUUAUUGCUAAUGAAAUUGAAGCCAUGGCAUGCCAGCAAUAGAAAAUACAAAGCUAAUUGGUGGCAGGUAUAAAUUAUCCUGCCACUGCAUCUAAGCCCUGAUCUUCACACACUUCUGAUUCCAGCCUUAUUUGUCCCCUGAACAGCCUGCCUUUUGUGCCAAAUUCUGUGUUUUUAUUAUGUGAAUAAACAUCCAGUAUGGACAAAGGCCUUGAUCCGGCAAAGUGCUGAGCACACUAGCCCAAUCUAACAGGUAUGUGCUUAACUUUGAACAUGACUAGUCCCAUAGAAGUCAGUGGGACUAUUCAUGUGCUUAAAAUUAAGCAAGUUUAAAUGCUUUGCUGGAUUGGGGCCAACAUGCUCAUCAUCUUGCAAAAUCGAACUCUAAUUUAAGAAGCCGAUUAGUCUUACUUUGGGUGAGUAAAGGCCUACUUAAUUCAAUUUCAUUUCUUUGGGCCUAGAUUUCAUCCUUUGUUUGUGACCUAGCCUAUAUUUAAACUCAGGUCUCCAGAACUGAAAAGUUUACUGUAUGCUGCAAACAGAUCUCAACCAGAAGAAAUUAAUUCUUCACAAAAACUGUCACAUAAUUAAAUUAAGAUUCUGGUUCUUUACUAUGGUCUCAGUCUUGCACAGUGCCAAGUGCCUGAACUCCCAAUGAACUCAGCGGAUGCUCAGUUGAGGAUGCUCAGCACUUCAUAGGCGUACUUGACACCUUGCUCGAUCCAAACCCUUGCGUAGGAUCUCUAAUGAGGAGAUGGCUGUUAUGUCAUAUCAAUGACAGCGUAAUAAACAUAAGUGCCAUUAGUUGAGACGUAUUAAGCAGCACAAGAUCUCCAUUCUUUGCAUUUUAGAACACUCUUUAGUAACUUUGGGUGGUGGCAUGAAGGAGCAAUACUGUAACCUUAUAAUUCAGCUGGUUACCUUUGGGCAGGAGUUUUCACAUUCAUUUAAUUAAAUGUUGACAGAUACUAGGGUAAAGGUGCGAUAUAUUUUAAUUAAUUUAAGGUAAAGAUAACCCCUACAUUUAAGGUAAAAAUACCAAUUAUUGUUAUGCCUUUGUGGUCACAUAUCAAAAUAUAUUUUAGAUCAUGUUUAAGGUUAUAUUAAAGGUAGGACUAAAACUAAUAAAAUUAAGGAAGCUUGUUACCAGUUGGUGCAGUAUGCUGUUACUAACUCAUUCAGUUGUGUCUAGGAAUCUCAGUGGUGAAAUAAGGAUUUAUGUUCACUAUUAGGUCAUCGAAGAAAAAGUGACCCAUGAAUUAAUAUUUCUGGUCACUAUUGUUUCCAGUCAAACAGUAAGCCACAUCCUCAGCUGGUAUAAACUGACAUAGCUCCAUUGAAGUCGAUGGUAUACAGCAGUUAAAAAUCUGGCACAGAGGAUGAUAUGUGACAGCAUAUUAUAUCUUGUCUUCACAUUCACAGGAGGGGAAAAAAGCCCUUGCAGCGCUAUCACUGUGACUCACUUCAGACAUGUGCAAUAACUAGUCAUGAUGGGAUGAAUUCUGAACAGUACUAAACUUACCAUUGAAUACCCUAACUUUCUGGUUUGUGUCCCAUGCUACUGUCCCUUUGUGACAUUACCCAGGUUGCAAUCUGGACUGUUGAACAGCUUAAUUCUCUAGCCUUGGGUGUCUUUUACCCUUCUUUGCUGUCAGAACAUCCACUCCUGGUCUGCUCUCACAGCCUUCAGUAUUCAAAAUCACUCCCAGAUAAAUUACAUCUGUGCUGACCAGUCACUCAUGAAUUACAUAUAGGGUGACACCCAGAAAUUCUUAGUCCCAGCCUUGUUCCUCCAGAAAUGUGCAUCUUGUACUGCUCAGUACCUUCUCAUAGGAAGUCUGUCAUUUUAUCAAAGGAAAAUGAUAAUGUACCAGCCUUGUUAUCCCAAAUGGAGCUUCCCACACACUGUAAUCCAAACACACUGGUUAAGAUAAAACAAUAAGAUAUGUUUAUUAACGACAGAAAGAUUAGAUUUUAAGUGAUUACAAGUGAUGAUGCAUAAAAGUCAGGAUUGGUUACAAAAGAAAAUAAGAGUAAAACGCAAGCUAAUACCUAACUUAACAAGCUAAAUGAACUUAAAAGCAAAAGGUUUUGUCUCACCAUAUGCUGCAGUAAAUUUCACAGGCUGGGUCUACUUUCAGCCUGAGAUCCUGCCCCCUUAGUUCAGUUCUUUGAGAGUCGUUGAUGUUAUGAGCAGAGAUGAAGGAGGAGAGAGGAAAAUGGGAGGCCACAAUCUCACAGGGCUUGGCUACAGUUGCAGGUGUAGAGCUCUGGGAGUUAAACCAGCCUUCGGAGACAGCAGCAGGGAAAAUGCUGCCGUGUAUUUACACUGUCAGCUGCAAGCGCAGUGGUGUAGCCACAUUAGCAACUCUUGCAACGCCACAGAGAGCAGUGCAUUGUGGUAGCUAUCCCAGUGUGCAAGUGGCUGCAGCAUGCUUUUCAAAAGGGUGUGGGCGUGGAGUGUGACAGGGAGUGUGUUGUGUGUAUGUGGGGGGGAGAGACCAUGUGUUUUGGGGGGCAGAGAGUGUGUCAGCAUGCUGUCUUGUCAGUUCAGACAGCAGCAGGCCUUCCCUCCUCCCCGCCUCUCUCUCUCACUCACUCAUGCAUGCACGCACGAACACCUGCCUCGGCAGCAGCAGCAGCAUUCCACAGUAAUGGUUGCUCUGUGUCCUGGAGCAGAUAAGCAGCCGGAUGUCAGAACGGAGCUUUGAAAGGGGAUAUCCGCAUGCCUGCAACCGAGUUCAAAGCAAUGACCAGAGUGGCCACUUCACUUCAGGGGAUUAUGGGACAUUUCCAAAGGCCAAUCACAGCACAAUAAUGCACCGCGUCGUCCACACUGACACCGGUUGUUUCAGCCGGGGCACGGCAAGCUCUAUGCUUCUCGUGGAGGUGGAUUACCAGGAGCGCUCCAGCUGCAGAGUCCAGGCGCUCUAAGUGUCUUGCCAGUGUGGACAUCUCAGGAGUUAGGGAGCCCGUUGCUGAUUUAAUGUGCUUUAACUUGCAAGUGUAGCCAAGCCAUCAUUCUUAUAUCACCCUCCCCUCUUUGAGGAUUGCCCCCAGCUGGAGUGCAGGCGACAAGUAGUCUUUUGUGGACAUGAGAUCUGACAAGUCCCUGGGAUGGAAUGUAAAUUUCUUAUUCACACCUUCCCGUUGCUGGAGAAUGGCUGCUUAAGCAGGUGACAGCUCUUUAACACUUGGCUGAGGUGUCAAUGUGUCUUUGUCUCUGGAAAAACUGGCUUGGGCCUGCUUUUCUUAACCUUGAAACAUGUAUAACAAUGCUAUACAGCCAAAUCUUAUAACUUCACAUACAAUGUUGAUACACACAUUUUACCAGGACAAUAAUGAUCAGCAGACAAUAAUGUUCAGCAGAUUGAGUUUUCAAAUGAUUUCACAAAGCAUACUUUGUACCAAAUUUAUCCUAGUCUUGUAAAAGUGGUGAACAUAAUAAUAUAGACCAUUGCACAAUUAAACUUAAUGUUUUAAUUACAAUUUUAAAAAAACAAUUUGUCCAAGAAAAGGAAAGCAAAUCCUUUAUGGAAGUGUAUUUUAAUGGCUCCUUUGAAGCAAUUCAAGUCCAUGACAUGAAAAUAUAUUCAAGAAAUUUUCACAAUAUAUCUCACUCACUUAAUUGGCUGUAACAAUUUUUGCAGUAUUUUGUGUAAAAACACAAAAUAAUGGUGUAAUGUACAUAUUGGGAUCCAUACUAUAAAAAACAGUUACUGCACAUUUGUAGUAGGCAGUCCUCAAACUUUAAAUAGGGUGGUUUUAGGAGACAAAGGUAAGAAUGCCAAAUGCAUUUAAAACAGGCAACAAAUAAAAUUACAACCAGUUUAAUUAACCAAAAUCAAAUAAGCCCAGCAAUGAGCAUGAGCCAAUGUUGGAAGAAGAUUUUUAAAGGUAAACAAACCCCAAACCAACCUUUUAAAUUAAGUCACUGUGGUUUAUCUGGGGUAUGUUACAUGCUGCUUUUCAUCUGUCUUUAAAAUGGGAAUAAUAUAGCAUUUCAGCCGUAAGAUGGUGGUGUGUACAUUACACCAUCAAGCUAGAGCAUUAAACCAUUAUCAUUAUCCAUUUUUUACCUUCUCUAGUAAAGAGAGAAGAAAACAUUCUCAUGAUAAUCUAAGUUAACUUAUAACCUACAUUUUUUAAAAAGUGCUUCCUCUUUGUAAGUCUGUUUUUGGAAAACAAGGAUUUUGCAUACAAUCAAAGGAACUAUGCAGUAGAUUUCAGAACCAUUAUAUAGAAGCCUUAUAGCUGGGGUAGCUUUCAUUAUAGCACAGAGCCUCCUCUGCUGGUAUAGAGCAACUGCAUAGCAACAUUAGGUUUGCAAUCUAAACUCUGAACAGUUUUGUGUGAUGACUGUACAUGGAGCCAAUCUUUUUUUCCACCCAUACAAAGCUUGCGUUUCAGGAUUUAGAUUCUGCUAGUACAGUUUGUUAAUUUUCAAAUUAAUUUAUGCAUGCAAAGUUAUCUGAAAAGUCAUUAUUUUUGUAUUCACUCUUUAAGUAAGCUUUGAUAAUACUGCCAUACAGGGGACAAUAAAAUUAUUUUAAAAAUUCUGUUCAGAGAUCAGCAGUUUUUCUUUUUCAACUUACAGUUCUGCUAAUUCGUUAGUAAAUUAUUUCAGCAGGUUUUUUGGAUUCCAUGUGCAAUGAAAUGGCAUUUAAACUUCACAGUAAAAGUAUCCUGAAAUACAUGAAACCAUCUCAAAUAUAAAAGUUUGUUCCAUUAGAUACACUGCUGCUUUUUAGAAAUGCAAAACUAGCAAUUAAACAUAGCAUGUGUCCAUUCUAUGUGCUUCUUAAUAGCAUUGUUUAAUGAUCCACCAUUUUUAAUAUUUCCAAUGGCAAAUGAUCCACAAACACCCAUUGAAACUAAUCAACUUUUUUUAAUGCUAUGAAAUAACCAGUUCAUUUCAUCUUAGUUUAAGUCUUUUAUUUAUUUAUUUUCCUUUUUACUGCUGUCAUUUUUUUGUGCUUGUUUUUUUCCCCAGUGAGGGUUGUCGAAGAGAAAAUACAAUGAAGAAUGUUGGAUGUCGCAAGUAUGCAUUUAAUUCCCUGCAACUGAAGGCUUUCCCAAAGCAUUACAGGCCUCCAGAAGGAACUUAUGGAAAAGUUGAAACAUAAGCAUACUGUGUCCUGUAAUUAGCUGUUCCAUUAAAACAUGGGAAUAUACUCUAGUUUAAUAUAUGAAUUUGUCAUGGAGACCAGAUAACCAAUUUUUGUACAUUUCACUAGGUUAUAUUGAGCAUGUUACUUUAUUGAAUUGGAAUCUAUGAAGAUUAUUCUGACACCUUAGCUUGAUGACUCUCUGCCCAUUUAAAUAGCCUUCAGUGUAUGUAAAAUGCACGAAUACUGUAGCACUGAAUAAUUACCUAAAUGGAAAUAGCUUGGUACCUCCAGGAUCGUCAAGGACUUUAUGAAUGGUGUUUAGGCAGGUGUUCCACAUAACAUCUUUUUAUACUGAGUUGACUUGAGAGUAAGCUUUUCAUAAUACUUUUUAAAACUGAGAAUAAAACCUCAACAUUGUAAAUAGUAAAUUAAUUGGACCCUGGGCAGUCGGAUGAGUGUAGAAUGAAUUGUUACAAUCAAGCAACAAUGGUUUAAUUUUUAAAAAAGAAUGUCAACACAAAAGUUAGGAGCUUAAAAUGUUUUACUGUAUAUAUAAUGCUGUCUUUCAUACAUGGAGUUAGUAAUGUACAAGGCCAGAUACUGACAUGAAGUCCUGUCCUGCUCCAACUUAGUCUAAAACUCCCAUUGACUUUACUGGGCUCAGGAUUGGACCCACAAUCACCUUAUUUGAUUUCAGAAACUUUUUAAAUUUUUCGAACACUUAUGUGAUUGCAUUUGAUUAGUGGUGAAUGCUAACAAACAAUAUUGUAAAAUUCAAAUACAGUUUUAUCUCCCCAUUACAGUAGUGUAACUUAUAGCAUAACAGGCAAGUCAGUAAAUAUCAUGGUAUUGUGUAUUAAGUAACACAUUUUUCCAUGGCUUUUUAUAUCACUUCAGGUCAAUCGUGUUAGUAUCUAAAAAAUUUUUUGAUGAUAUUUUCAAUACCUGCUAACCAAACGAUGCUCUAUAAAUGUCCACAACUGCCCAAAUCCUUCCAUAACAAAAAUUUGUUUUCUGUUUAGCAUUGCAUUUUGCCCAGCUGAGCUCUGUCAGAAUAAUGUGCAGGGAUUAUGAUUAUCGUAACAUAUAUUUCUGGUGAAUCUAGCAAUGUCCUAUUUUGAUACAAAGUAACUGUUAAUGUGUUAAAACCUCAUACUUAUUCCAUCUCAUGACUAAGGUGACCAGAUAAGCAUCUGAUAAGAAAUGUUCAACAGAUCUCCUUGAAAAUAGUCUCUGUAAAGGGUAUGCAUUCUAAAAAAUGAAUGUAAACAUUAAUUUCCAGAUUUUAUCAGGAUUAAUCUUCCCUAGCCACAUUUAGCCCAAUAUACAAUAGUCAAGUACUCACUCCCCCUGGGAUUUUAAGGAAGUAGGCUUCAGAAUGGGAAACAAGGUCAGUUUAUUCAUAAUAGAAUAGCAACAGCCAGGUAUGUAUGUGGCAGUUCCUUAUUUCUUUCUCUGUCUUCCUGGUGUUCGUCUGUGUUCUCGCUGCUCUAUUGAUCAUGUUCAUUCUGCUCCCACAUAAAUUUGGGGGGUUUAAGUACCGUAGUUUUCACGUUUUGCUUUUUGCAGUUCAACAUUUAACAGUGUCACACGUGCCAGUUAGACUGUUUUGUUGACCUAGCUUUUUAUUAUUAUUUCAGCCUUACUAAGAUAACAAAAUGGCGAAUACUGUGUAAGAUAUGCAUAUGUCUAGAAGUCUGUAAAAAGUAUUUAUGGUCCUGUCCCUGUUUUGAAUAAUUAAUUCAUGGCUAUAGCAGAAACAAUCCUUGGGAACUCCACUGGCUCUGUUCAUCCCAAAUGAAACAACCUGUGUUUGUUUUUUGACAAUGUGUAAAACAAAUACAUGUUAAAAAAAAAAAACCAACAACUUUCAGUAAGAAUCCUUUGGAUUUAUAUUAUUCCAUUCAUUCUGUUAAAUCUGCAAUCCCUAUUCCAUUAUUAAACACCACAUUUCUUUUUAUGUAAUCUGUACUCUGUAGAACUCAGAGUUUCUCACUGGUGACAUUUAGUUGAUCAGUUUAUUUCAUAUAUUUUUCAAUCAUGUAGUUAAGCAUAUUUAUAAAUUCUUACAUUGUUACACUGGAACUCUGUGUUCAGUUUUGGAGGGGGAAUAAUGCAAGAGAGUUACUACAAUUACUAGAGCUGCUCACUAGUAUUAUGGAGUUCUUAAUAAUUAAAUCCACUCUAAAUUAUAGUGACCUUUAUUUAUUUUGUAUACACACCUAAUCUAAAAGAAUUCCAAAACUCUUUAUGUGCAUGCUUUUUGCUCACCUUUUUAAAGCAGUGGAACACCAGACUUAAGUACUGCAUUAUUUUGUGGAGAAUAUUCCAAUUUCUAUGUACUUCAUGUAAAGCAUCAUUGUUCGGCUAAUAUUUUAUAUAUACAACAUUGUUAUUACAUGCACAUAAAUAGGCUUGCUUAAAGGGCAUAUUGAACAGUAAGAUUUUGAGCAGUUCAUCUAAAAAGAAAAACUGUGAAACUUUAACCUAACAUAUAGGAACCUUCACAUGAGAGUUUAAGCUUUUCUGUUGCACAGGAAAGACAUUAAGGAUUAUUGUAAAACGAAGUUCUGUCUAAUGUUCUUUUUGAGUACAUUUUUUAAAUUAUAAAACAUACUAAGGUUUAAAAAAAUGUUGCCAAGUAUGUUCUGUGUAUGUUCUGUGAAAGCACCCACAGCACAGUUGCCUUUUGUUUCAUUUAUAUAUGUAAAAUUAUUGUAUAAUACAAUACUGUUUUGUCCCAAAACUGUUGUAUUUGCCAGGCUUUGUGCACUUAAAUACUUUUAUUUAUUUGUUUUUGGGCGGUAUUAAUAUAUCAUAAACAUAUGGUUAGUGUUUUAUAUAUUCCUAGUUCAUCCAAUCCAUGUAUGCUGUAAAUGUGCUCGUCUUUACGAUGAAAAACAAUAAAAAACUGACAAGAA